AAUCAGUGAACGAAACUCAACAAACGACUGGAUUGUUGACAUUUCUAAUUUCUUUAUUUUUAUCGUGAUUCACUUCAAUUUUGUACAGUGCAUUAAGAAUUAAAUCCAUGUAUUUUUUUACUAACUCUAAUACACGCAAUCAUUUUCAGCAACUUUGAUUUUUUUCUGCAUAAGAAAUCAACCAUUACGUAGAUUAGAAUUUGAUUGAUUGGAGCUCGCAGUUACAGCUUAGCUAUCGAUUUGAAAUUGCAAGGUUGGUACAGCUGGAAAAUAUGAAAAUAUACGUAUGUCCAUGUGAACAGCAUGCGCUAGAGGCUAGAGCUGCGUAGAUAUAACCUAGCAGUGGAUUUCAGCAUUCGAUAAGACAAAUCAGACUAAAAUCAACAUAGUAGACAAAUUUUUGUUGGAAAAAUUAAUUGAACAACAUGUUGGAACCAACAAAACAGAUUCUACAAGCCGGGCGUAUAAUUCUAGCCAGCGGCUCUCCAAGGCGGAAAGAAAUAAUCGAGAAUUUGGGCUUAAAACCAGAGGUCGUUCCUUCGACGUACGAUGAAAAUUUAGACAGAGCAAAGUACAAAUCGCACGGUGACUAUGUCAAGGAUUUAGCCUAUUUUAAAGUGAUCGAAGUUUACGAGAGACUCAAGGGCGAUGAGGUGCAACCUAAACUCGUUAUCGGCGCCGACACAAUCGUCACCAUGGGCGACGUUAUCUAUGGGAAACCAACGGAUUCAAAUGACGCAAUUAAAAUACUGUCGAUUUUGGCUGGAAAAACGCACACCGUUUACACGGGUGUUUGUUUAAAAACAGACAAGGACGAGGUGAAAUUUUACGAAAAGACUGAUGUAACAUUUGGCGAUAUUACGCAGGCCCAAAUCGAAGCAUACGUCAAGACCGGGGAACCCUUGGACAAGGCUGGUGGAUAUGGGAUUCAAGGAUUCGGUGGCUGUCUUGUUGAGAAGAUAAACGGGGAUUUCUUUACCGUGAUGGGGCUUCCCGUUUACAUGCUGACGAAGAUUUUAAACCGACUUUACAACUGAUAUUAUUCGUAUGUCUAUAGGCACUAGAGACAGAGAGAGCGAGAGAAUAAAUAAACUUUUUUAAACGCGUCAA